CUUUUUAUAAUACGGGAACGAUAUAGUUUACUACAAAUUUCCUGGCGUAAUGGCGGAUGAAAUUGAAGCCAAAGCUGUGGUGAAGUCUGAAAAAACUGAAGAUUUAUUUCAAAAUGAUGGAAAUUUCUUGCAAAACUAUCUUAAUUCACAGAAAAACGAAAAGAAACCUGAUGUUUCAAAUAUCAAACAAGAACCGAAACAUGAAACCAAAAAGAUAGUUGGGCCACCGAUCAAAAAAUCUAGGUUCACAAGCAUGUUCAAUCAAAUGAAACGAACUAAAGCUGCAGCAUCUCUGACAAAUAAAAAGUCUUCCACAUGUUUCCAUAAUGAUGAUAGCAGCAGUGGAGAGGAUGAAAAAGACUCCAAGAUUGCUAAAAAGACUUUCACAAACACUACUUCAUUGCUUCGGGGAGUUCAGUCAAUGCCGUCACAGCAAAUGAAACCGGCAGUAAAUUCGAAACCACAAGGUAGUGGUGCUUCUACACAACAAAAAGUAAAGAAAAAGAAGAGUCGUUGGGGCGAAAAAGUUGAUUUAGCACAAGUUGCACCACCAGGAAUAGCUAAUCUACCUGGAAUGCCGACUGUAACAAUUCCAACCAUGGCACCACAGUUAGGUGUGCCCCAAAAUUAUCGACCUGCUGGUCUUGUGGGUUGUUCAGAACUUUCAGAUGAUCAGCGAAAACAGCUGGAUGAGCAGCGUGAAAUGCAAGCUAUGUAUAACCUUAUUAUGGCUAGUAGAAAUGCGCAAGCAAAUGCUGCAGCUGCCACACAGCUUAGUCAAAAAAAGAACAAGCAUGCAUAUGACAGUGACGAAGAGAUUGACGAAGAUUUAGGCACAUGGGAACAUCAAAACAGAAGAUUAGAAAUGCAAAAAACAAAAGAACUUGCUGAAAAAUUAACAGAUGAAGCAGAAAGUAAACAUUUCAUUGGAGACUUCUUACCGCCUGCAGAACUAGAGCGAUUUAUGGAAACAUUCAAAGCCUUGAAAGAGGGGAGAACGCCGGAUUUUUCGGAUUAUAAGGAAUUCAAAUUACAGUGCGAUAAUAUUGGAUUUAAAAUGCUUGAAAAAAUGGGUUGGAGUGAGGGAGAAGGGCUGGGUAGUACAAAGCAGGGGAUAACAGCCCCUGUAAAUAAAGGACAGACCUCGAUUGAUGGUAGAGGGGUGGGUGUAGAAAGACCAGCGGGUCUGAAUAAAGACGAUGAUGAAUUUUCUGCGUAUAGAAAACGAAUGAUGUUAGCUUAUCGGUUUAGGCCAAACCCAUUAAAUAAUCCCAGAAGACCAUAUUAUUGAACACACAAUAAUUUUAAUAUACUGGUUGGGCCAAAAAAUGUCAUUCACAAUGUAAAAAACAUUUUUUGGUACACCUUGUAUAUUAAAUAAGAUAUGUUUUGAAGUAGGGAUGUGUAACCCAUGUGAAUUCCUGGUUGUUAAACCCUGUCGCAAAAAGUUUCAGAAGAAAGUAGUUUUGAUCUAUGAAAUGUUUGCAAUUGGUUCUGGAUGUACCUGCCACAAAUAGUUUCAGCGCAUUAAGCUCUAGCAUUUCCAACAUUUUAUUUUUGAAAAAUAAUACCAGUUUCCUAACAUUGAAAUUGCUUUAAAGAGAUUUUGUUUAAAAAUAUCACACUUUAUCUUUUUAUGAAUGUACCAGUACAGUCAGUCAUAUUAUUUAAUUUUAUGGGGCAAGCAUAAUAUUCGGAAGAUGUUAGCUGCGAACUAUACAGCCCACGGUGCUGAAUAAAGGUGUCAAACCUCACACAGAGCUAUAUGGCAGAACACGGGUUGCUCAAUGCUUUAAAGCGGCGUUCUUCAAACUUCUUUAUCAUGACCCACUUGGUAAGGCUAAAUUUUUUUUCAACCAUCGGAGAGUAUAAAA